GACCCAACCCAAGCAAUUCCUUUUGUCAAUUCGGUGGACGGAUCAUAAAAACGACGCCGUUUGGGAAAUCUUCUCCGCUUUCCUUUGUGUCGCUCUCUGGAGACUGGAGCAGCAAAACCCUAGGACAACUGUGUCCUGAAACCAAAACUUACCGGCAGUACCUGAAUAUAAUAGGUAAAACCUGGCUCCCGAUAUCUGGAAACGCUUGUUCCCCAAACGUAACCGCAGGUCCUAUUCAAUCCUCCCUCAAAUCGGGCCUGGUCGGAGCUGCAAUCCCGGAAUGGAUAUAAACCUUUUCAAGUUUUGCUCUAGCCUCAAAGCUCUGGGGUACUUGAUGAUCCUCAUGGUCGCUGCAAUUAUCGUCGUUUCGUAUUACGCCGUCGUCGUCGUCACCUGGGGUCCAAAGCUGCUUGUGGGCGGCCUGGAUUCGGUUCUUUCAUUCGCAAUAAUCGUUGUGUUUCAUAUUCUGCUUAUACUAUUAACAUGGUGCUACUUUAUGGUGGUCUUUCGGGAUCCUGGUUCUGUCCCUGAAAACUGGAGACCAGUGUCAGAGGAGUACAAUUUGGAGGAAGGUCCUAUGACAUCAUCAGAUUGUGUAGUGCCCGAGACUUUGAAUUCCACGUGGUCUUCUUCAGAUGGGCAGGAGCGAAGACCAGCUGUAGGCUAUUGUAUUCAAUGCCAAAAUGGCAAGCCACCACGCUGCCAUCAUUGCUCUGUUUGCCAAAGAUGUGUUCUUAAGAUGGAUCAUCAUUGUGUAUGGGUGGUGAACUGUGUGGGAGCAUGCAACUACAAGUUCUUUCUUCUUUUCUUGCUGUAUACAUUUCUGGAGACAACAUUGGAUACUUUAGCAUUGCUGCCUAGUUUCAUCAAUUUUUUUGGAGAAGCCAAGAAUCAUUCAGUCUCACCUGGAAAUCUUUCUAUCAUUUUUUUGGCCUUUGUUAUUAAUUUAGCAUUUGCGCUGAGUCUCCUUUGCUUCAUAGUCAUGCAUGUGUCUCUCCUGUCUAGCAACACCACAUCAAUAGAGGUUUAUGAGAAGAGGAGAGCUGUCAGGUGGAAGUAUGACUUAGGCCGCAAGACGAAUUUUGAGCAGGUCUUUGGCAAGAAAAAGGCAUUGUGGUUGUUCCCAUUGUACUCAGAAGAUGAUUUCAGCAGCAUUCCUGCACUUCAUGGCCUAGAUUUCCCAACACGGUCAGAUGUUGAGGCUUGAGAAGGUUCCUUUCCUGUUCUGGCAGACCAUAGUUUUGACUAUGAGGGUCUGGAAGUGUUAUCCAAUGUGUACAAUUUAAUCUGUUUUUAUUCUGUUUCUUACUAGAUGUAUAUUAAACUUCUCAGCCAGAUAUAAUCCUUUUCUUCAGUGGAUUAUUGGCCAAAUCUUGAUUCUACAGGAUUGCCUUAAGAGUAGCCAAAUCUCUUAAAUUGAACACAUGUACACAUGUAUGGUUUUCUGCAUUAUCUUACUCAAGUGAUACAAGUAUUAGCUGUGA